CCCCGCCCGGUCCCCUCAGGUGUCCUGCAGGCACAGCUCCUCGUGGGGCCUGGGCCGAUGGCAGGUCUUAACGUGUCCCUCUCCUUCUUCUUUGCCACCUUCGCCCUCUGCGAGGCGGCCAGGCGGGCCUCCAAGGCCCUGCUCCCCGUGGGCGCCUAUGAAGUCUUCGCCCGGGAGGCAGUGGGCGCGGCCCAGCUCGGGGCCUGCUGCCUGGAGAUGAGGACACUGGUGGUGCUUGGGCCCUGGGCUGGGGGCUUCGGGCCUGACCUGCUGCUCACCCUGCUCUUCCUGCUUUUCCUGGCGCACGGGGCCACCCUGGACGGGGCCUCGGCCAACCCCACCGUGUCCCUGCAGGAGUUCCUCAUGGCCGAGGCGUCUCUGCCUGGCACGCUGCUGAAGCUGGCAGCCCAGGGGCUGGGCGUGCAGGCUGCCUGCACCCUGACGCGCCUCUGCUGGGCCUGGGAGCUCAGCGACCUGCACCUGCUGCAGAGCCUCAUGGCCCAGAGCUGCAGCUCGACCCUGCGCACGUCCGUGCCCCACGGGGCGCUCGUGGAGGCUGCCUGCGCCUUCUGCUUCCAUCUGACCCUCCUGCACCUGCGGCACCGGUCUCCGGCCCACAGGGUGCCCGCCGUGGCUCUGCUGGUCACCAUCACGGCCUAUGCAGCCGGGCCCCUCACGUCCGCCUUCUUCAACCCUGCCCUGGCCGCCUCCGUGACCUUCGGCUGCUCAGGCCACACGUUACUGGAGCACACACAGGUGUACUGCCUGGGCCCUCUGGCAG